GUUAAUCCUGUCAAUUAUCUGUCAAAAUUCCACAUCAAUAUUUUCAAUGAUUCGUGCGUGAAUUUUUAUCGUUUAAUAUUAAAUUAAUUUAUUUUAUAACUAUAAAACUAUUAUUAAUGAAAAAGAAUAUUUCUGAAUAAAAUCAAUAAUAUGUAAUAUAAAGUGUUUAUGAUGACAAAUUAAUGUUAUCGAAUAAAUAUAUUUUCUCUACUUUAACAAUAAUAAAAAAAAGAAAUGGCAACUGCUCAAGGAACUCCAGAAUCCGAUACCGGUAGUUUUGAAUGUUUUCAAAAUUAUACAGCACCGGAGGUAUUUAUUCAAGGUUUUGCUGGAAUUGUCGAUCAACAGGAUGUUGAAUCAAUGAUUCGUGCUCAAAAGCAAAUGUUACAGCGAUUUGAAAAAACAAACGAAAUGCUGACAAAUUGUAAUCAAUUAUCAGUGAAUAGAUUGAAAACUGCGGGCACAGAAUUUAAAAAGCAUACAGCACUUUUAGUUGAAAUGAAAAAGGAUUUGGAUUAUAUUUUCAAGAAGAUAAGAUUAAUAAAAAAUAAACUUAAUCAACAAUAUCCUCAAGCUUUUAGUGAAGCUGUAAGAAGUAGUUUGGCAGAGGAAGUAAUUGUUGAGGAUUGUGCAACAAAACCUUUAGAACCUGAAAUUAUACCUAUGCAAACAUCAGCAAUAAAUCCAGUUCCAGAUCCGGAUUCAGAUGUUCCCGUCGAGGAGUUUCAGUUUGAAAAACUACGCAAAAGGCGGAUCAAAAGCAAUGACAGUUCAUCAACGGACAGCAACAACGAUAAUGUCGACACAUCUUCCUGCACUUCUGACACUGGUUAGUCACAUUUAAAACAAACAAAAAAAAAAAAAAACAA